AUGGCCAGUCUUCCAGUCAAAGCCGUCAGGCGUGCGGCCGACCUGCGCCGUAUACUCAAAGACACGCUUCCAUGGACGGUCUCGCCGCUGGUAGUGGGUGCACCGAUGCGCGUGUUUUCGGGCCCAUCGUUGGCCGUGGCCAUCAGUCGUGCUGGUGGGCUGGGCUUUAUUGGGCCGGGCGCGACACCGCAGAGCACGGGUGCCGACCUAGCAGCGGCCACGGAACUUCUGACGAAGAAGCCGAUCGCGUUAGCGCCGCCGAGUGACAGUCUGCUCCCCGUCGGUGUCGGCCUGCUGCUAUGGGACGGCGACCUGGACGAGGCUGCGGCAACGAUAGCACACCACCGGCCCUGCGCUGUCUGGUUGUACGCGCCACGCGAUGGUCAGGCCGAGCUGGACCGCUGGACACAGCAGCUUCGCGCGGCCUCUCCGGGAACGCAGGUGUGGGUGCAGGUCGGCACGCUGGCCGAGGCCGUGGCCGCGGCUGCCAGCACGACGGCCCGUCCAGACGUUUUGGUCGUGCAGGGCGCCGAGGCGGGCGCUGAUGCUAUUGGGGGUACCAGUGCCGAUAGCCGUCUUCCCCUCAUCGCUACCGGUGGCAUCGCCGACGGCCGCGGGCUUGUGGCCGCCCUUGGGCUCGGUGCUGCUGGAGUCGCCAUGGGCACGCGCUUUUUGGCCGCCACCGAGACUCGUGUGGCCAAGGCGUACCAGGACGAGGUGGUGCGGGCAACCGAUGGCGCCGUCAGCACCGGCCGCACGCUGCUGUACAACCACCUGCGCGGCACCUUUGGCUGGCCGCCUGGGUACAGCCCCCGUGGCCUGCUCAACCAGAGCUUCUCCGACGAGCGUGCUGGUGUGCCAUUUGAUGAGCUGCAGCGCCGCCAUGACGCCGCCGCCAAGACUGGAGGCACGGCUGCUUGGGGUCCCAACGGCCGCGUCGCCACUUACGCUGGGGCCGGUGUUGGGCUCGUUCACAGCGUGCAGGGAGCCGGAGAGAUCGUCGACAGUAUCCGGAUAGAGGCUCGGGAGAUCAUUGGUUGUUUGUAG